AUGUAUCUACGCCUCAGGACCAUCCUUUGUGGUCUGCUAUGGACAGCCCCGAUCCUGGCACAGGUUACCUCUGAGGAUCUUCCAUCAUGUGCUCUUGACUGUUUCGAGACUGCUCCGCCGAGUAAUGCCUCCUCGCCAUCCUGCAGUUUAGACCCGAACAAGGACUUCGAAGAGACAUUCUCACCAUGCUUCUAUUCCGCCUGCUCCGUACACGAUGCCUUAACAGCCCUCAAUGUGACGUCCAUCAUUUGUGAUCGGCCGGUGCGCGAUAUCACCUGGGCUAUUCGAGGGUUUGUGCUCGCUUCCACCACAGUCGCCUCGGGUGUCAUUGGCCUUCGCGUGCUCUAUAAAACCAGAGGACUGGCUGGUGGGAUUGGCUGGGACGACUAUACCAUUGUGAUUGGUGUGGUCGUCACCAUGGUUGCGGCGAUUGGACAAUUUCUAGCCGCCUGGUAUGGAAUGGGACGCGAUCAAUGGAAGGUUCCGACCGAAGAUAUCACGAAGGUUUACAAGUGUUUCUUCAUCGCCGCCGUCGGAUAUAAGCUCGGCAACGCAGCGACACGAGUUUCGCUCCUUUGCUUCUAUCUACGCAUAUUUGGAAAAGGCUCUGCCCAAAACACUGUCAUGGCUUGCAUCGUCCUGACCAUCAUCAUCGGCAUAACGUUCGCCCUUGCUGAUGCACUUCAGUGCCAGCCCGUCUGGAGCUUCUGGGAAGGAUGGGAUGGCGAGCUGUCUGGACACUGCGGAAGCCUCAGUGCCAUCUCAUGGGCUCACUCCAUCUUCAACAUCGUCCUGGAUGUUGCAACAUUGGGAAUUGCUUUUUGGAUGGUUCAUAAGCUCCAUAUGCGCUGGAAGAGGAAGGCCGCUGUGAUUGCGAUGUUCCUUCUUGGAUCUGCGAUCACUCUGGUUUCCUUCUUACGGCUGCAGGCACUCCCGCAGUUGUCGAAUACUCGCAACCGAACGUGGAACCUGGCACCGGUAUCAUACUGGUCCGCAAUCGAAAUGUUCGCUGGCAUGGUUUGCGCAUGCUUGCCCGCGCUGAGGAAGUUGGGUGACACGAUGUGUGGCUCAGGCCGAAGUGGCACGCGUACCGCAACCAACGGCUAUGAGCGACAGGCUUCUGAUCAGAGACCGAGCAAAGUCAGGACAACUGAUCCAACUCUUACCUUUUCGGAAAAUGAUGACCUGGAGGCCAACCCAACGACUCGUGACAGGAACGUCGACACCGAGAUGGGGGUGUUAACAGAGAGGAAGGAUGAUGUAUCAAUCACUACUGAGACCCAUCAGGCCCCUUGGGAUGCAACAAAGGGGAAUAGCUAG